CCCAGGCGGGUUCGGGCCGGCGGAGGCGGGGAAGUGGCCAGUCGGCCUUGCCCGCCUCUCUGCCAGCCGUCGUUCCAGGCUCCCGCUCCUCCUCGCAAGCAAGCCUUCCUCGGUGCAGACCCGAUCCGAGAACCAGCGCAAAGAUGCCGUCCCAACUAGAACACGCCAUGGAAACGGUGAUGUUUACCUUUCACAAGUUUGCCGGGGAUAAGAACUACCUAACCAAAGAGGAUCUGCGCCAGCUGAUGGAGAAAGAGGUCCCCGGCUAUAUGGAAAACCAGAAAGAUCCGAUGGCCAUCGACAGGAUCAUGAAGAACCUGGAGGAAUGCCGAGACGGCAAGAUCAACUUCGAGGGGUACCUCUCCCUUUUUGCCGGCCUGACCAACGGCUGCAACGAGUAUUACGUGAAGAAGAUGAAGCCCACCGGGAAGAAGUAUUGAGGGGAAUACCCUCCUCCAUCGCGUGCUGGCCCGGGGGGGUGGGGUGCGUGGCUGUGCCAAUUUCACCCCGCAAGAACCUGCUGUAUCAAAGCUCCCUUUCUCUUUCCCAAAACUAACGGCUCCCACUUACAACGUCUCCGUCAUGUUUCAAGCCUAGCUGUGCAGCUUAGCGAGGGAUGAUUCAGGCCCUAUGAUAAACCCGUCGCCCCAUCAACUUUUCUCUAAAAUGUGCCCCCAGAUCUCUCUCUCCCUCCGCUACCACCGGGCUUUACCUAUGCUGUAUCUUUUUUGUACGGACGUGAAAUAAAACAUUUUCCUUCUACCAAACAGA